AUGGACCUUCCGAAAAGGUCUCGUGCCCCUAGUCUAUUUCUUUGUCAUGGGGCAGGUCCCUUCCCCCUCGUCACACCCGAGUGGGAGCCUUUUCGAAAAUUGCUGUUCACAUACAGUAACAAGCUCGACAACGCGAAAGGCAUUGUGUUCCUUUCUGCACAUUGGGAGACUAACGAGCCUCACAUCACAGCCUCUGACAACCCAGGGAUUUGGUAUGACUACGCCGAUGUGGAGCCUGAAAACGAAGCCCUACACCCGGCAGGAUCGAAUGAAGUCCAGUAUCCUGUUACCGGCGAUGCAGAACUGUCAAAAAGGGUUGCCAUACAUCUCCGAAGUCAUGGUUUUGAUCCCGUGCUGGACUAUAAGCGAGGCUUUGAUCACGGGGUCUACGUGGUUAUGAAACCAAUGCGACCGGAGGCUGAUAUUCCCAUUGUCCAGAUCUCCGUUCUUAGUGGAAGCGACGAGCAGGAGGCGAUGGAGAGGAACUUGAGGCUAGGGCGUGCAUUAGAGCCCUUGAGAGACGCAGGGUAUGCCAUUAUCGGAAGCGGUGGCUCGUACCAUGAUUUCAAAUCAAUCGCGUCAGCCAUGAUGGAAGGGUCGCCGAUUUCGCCAGAUGCUUGGGAUUUCGAGGAGUUUUUGAAUUCUGUAGCGGUCGUGGCCGAUGCGGAUGAGCGGGAGAAGCGAAUUCGAGGUUGGAGAGAGAUCCCAAGCAGUUACAUCGCUCAAGUGAAGGAUGAAGCAGAGCAUUUCUGGCCAUUUUUGAUUGCUUCUGGUGCUGGCGGUAAUAAUAAGGGAGUCAGGUUAGGCUUGAUGAAUGGUCCAGGAGGUCCGAUGAGCUUCUUUGAGUGGUAA